AAUUAGAUAUUGCAGAUUGUCUGAUCAGUCCAGAUAGCCCAGCAUAUCGUGCGAAUAGAAUUCAAGAUACAAGCUUUCUGGACAUCAUCAACUGUUGGCAACCGCUUGCAACCCCACCCUUACAAUAUCCAAUCAUCAUGUCUAGCAGCCAGAAAGUUAGGCAAGCCGACGGGCUGCUCAUGCAUGUCCAUGAUGCCGCUUCAGGUCCGGUUCUUCCCAAGAAGGGAGAAAGGAACGUCUUGAUCACCUCGGCUUUGCCUUACGUCAACAACGUGCCGCAUCUCGGGAACAUUAUCGGUUCUACCUUGUCUGCGGAUGUCUACGCUCGAUACUGCCGGACCAUGAACCUGCCAACUCUUUACAUCUGCGGAACUGACGAGUACGGUACCGCUACAGAGACCAAGGCUCUGGAAGAGGGCAUCACCCCUCGUGAGCUCUGUGACAAAUUCCAUGCUCUUCACAAGGAGACCUACGACUGGUUCGAGAUCGGCUUUGACCACUUUGGCCGAACAUCCACCGAGAAACAAACCGAGCUGGUGCAAGCCAUCUACUUGAACAUCCACAAGAACGGAUUGUUCGUGCAGGAGACGGCCGAACAGACGUAUUGUGAGGAUGAGGGAAGGUUCUUGGCUGAUCGAUUCGUCGAGGGAGUGUGUCCUCGAUGUGGAUACGAUGACGCCCGAGGUGACCAGUGUGAUCAGUGUGCUGGGACCUUCUCAUCGCCCACCGAACUCUUGCAACCUCGAUGCAAACGCAACAAGAACCACAAGGUCACAACCAAACCAUCUACCCACUCCUGCUUGCGUCUAGAUGCUUUGCAACCGCGGCUGGAAAAGUUCUUGCAAGAGACCCGAGAGAAGGGUAAAUGGGCUAACAACGCCGUCAUCCUGGCCAACGGGGAAAUCGUCGAGCCGAGGAUGAAGGGAGGCUUGCGACCUACUGCCGUAACGAGAGAUUUGACCUGGGGUGUUCCUGUACCUCCUGUCGGGGACGAGAAGGAGGACGAAGCUAUGAAGGGCAAGGUCAUGUAUGUAUGGCUGGACGCUCCCAUCGGAUAUCCUUCGAUCACCGCAAACUACACUGAAGACUGGGAAAAGUGGUGGAAGGCACCAGAUGACGUCGAGCUGUUCCAGUUCAUGGGCAAAGAUAACGUUUACUUCCACACCGUCUUGUUCCCUGCUGUUCAGAUGGCCGAUGGGGGAGACUGGACCAUGCUAACAAAUAUCUCAGGAACUCAGUACCUGAACUAUGAGAAUGGCAAAUUCAGCAAGAGCAGAAAUGUCGGAGUCUUCGGCAACAGCGCUAAGGAAACUAGCGCUCCUCCAUCGGUCUGGCGAUAUUACCUCUUGAUGAACCGACCAGAGACCUCGGAUUCUCAAUUCAUGUGGGGAGAGUUUAUCGCAAGGAACAACACCGAAUUAUUGAACAACCUCGGCAACUUCGUGAACCGAUGCCUGAAAUUCACCGCUGCCAAAUUCGAUUCGCUCGUGCCAGGGCCUGGUGAACACCAGGGUGGCCCUGUCUCGUUCACCGAACCCACGACUGACGAGGAGAAGUUGGAUGCUGCCUUUGUCAAAGACAUCAAUGAGCUUCUCGACUCGUAUCGAUCAGCAAUGGACUCGCUCAAGUUCAGGAACGGUCUCAUCGCCGCCAUGGCAUUGUCGGCCCGAGGUAAUCAGUACCUCCAGGACAACACGCUCGACAACGCUCUUCUCGCCAACCACCCGGAACGAUGCGCCCAGGUCAUCUUGAACGCCAUCAACCUGAUCUACACCCUUUCCGCCGUCUUCCACCCCUUCAUGCCAUCGACAACUGACGGCAUCUUGCAGCAGCUGAACGCACCUGCCCGCAGUCUGCCCGACGUCUUUUCGAUUGACAUUCUGCCCGGCCACAAGAUCGGCAAGCCUGACCACCUGUUCAAGCGUAUCGAUCCUUCGAUGGAGGUCGAGUGGCGAAACCGAUUCGGUGGAGAGUCGACCAAGAAUCCCGGCCCCGCCGGCGUUGAGGGCGGUGUCACUGGAGCUGGCACUGCAGUGGGGGCUGACGUCAAGGCAACCCAAGGCGGUCUGUCAAAAUCCGCUCUGGCAAAGCAGAAGAAGGCGGAGCAAAAGGCUCAAUCCGCUGCCCUGGCUGCGCUGAAAGAAGCCAACAAGACGCCCGAAGUCAAGGCGCUCGAGGAAAAGAUGGACAAGCAGAAGGAAGUCGUCAAGGACCUCAAGACGGGCAAGACCCAGGGUGAUGUCGACGCCGAAGUUGCAGAAUUACUGAAGAUGAAGACCGAGCUUACAGAGCUCUUGAAGGCCCUGGAGGCCAGCAAGAUCUCGGCUUGAUUGUAAACAGAUGGCAACUCGCUAUAGCAUAAUCGU